AUGGGAACACAAUCAACUUCAUUCAACCCUGUUGUCCCACCUCCAUCUUUGCAUCCAAAACUGGGCCAGACAAACUUCAGGAGAGUCAGCCGUACAGAGGAGGCCAGUCCCUUCCCCAUUCCUGGACUGGCAGCGGAUGUCCUGCACAUGCGAGUGAAAGAAGGAAGCAAGAUCCGCAACCUGCUGCGGUUUGCAGCUGCUCGGAUGCAGGGUGAAGGAAAGGGCGGCAACGGGAUGGCACUGAGACAGGUGGUCUUCACAGGAUCAGGCAGAGGAGUUACCAAAACCAUAACCUGUGUGGAGAUACUGAAACGUAAAGUGAGAGGGCUGCACCAGGUGUCCAAGCUCUACUAUAAGACAGUGAAUGAGGUGUGGGAGAGUCCACAGCAUGGAGGUCAAGGUGCGACCAUACAUAAGACCGUCCCCGCCAUCAGUAUCCUGCUCUCCAAAGAUCCACUGGAUCCCCAGGAGCCCGGGUACCAGCCCCCCGAAAUCCUCAGUGCUCCCUCAGAGGACACGGAGAGAUGUAGAGCUCUGCACCGGCCAGCCUGUACCCCCUCCUCACACAACAUGCUGUCUAAUGCCAAGAGAGCUUGUCUUGACGACUGGAGUUCACCUUCCACCUCCACAGUUUGA